AGUGACGUUGUCCCAUGGUUGCAAAACAGGCGCGAGGGAAAUUCAGUUAGACGAAAGAAAGUACUUCAGAAAAGUAUUUAAAUAGUGUCGACUUUCUUUUGUGACGUGUUAAAAUAUCAGUGUACGUCAAUAUAAAUCGAAUGACGCUUCGUCUGCGCCAAAAUAGAAAGUAUAGGAGAGGGAGCCAGCGUUGUAGCGCGGUCCGCAGCCGUUCAGGAUGUCAGUCGCUUUAAGACGUCAUGACGGGAAAACCAACGUUUCAGGCAGCGACACCGACGACGAGCCUAAGCUCCCCCUAACCCAGUUCUACCCGUACAUCCGCUGUGCUCUUUGCUGCGGCUUCUUCAUUGAUGCUACCACCAUCACAGAGUGCCUGCACACAUUUUGCAAAAGCUGCAUCGUGAAGCAUUUCUUCUACAGCAACAGAUGUCCAACAUGCAGCAUCGUGGUGCACGAGACACAACCUCUUUACAACAUCAGGCCGGACAGACAGCUUCAGGACAUUGUUUAUAAAAUGGUUCCUUUCCUGGAAGAACUUGAAAGAGAACAAAUGUGUAAGUUCUACAAAGAGAGAAGGCUUCCUCUGCCAAAACCAGUUCCUGUUUCACUUCAAAGUCCUGUUGUGCUAAAGAGGCAAAGGAAAGAUAACUUUCUCCGAGCGGUGUUCACCAUUCCCCCUGAGCUGAAUAUUUAUCUGCUCCUGGAGUUUGUUGGGGCUGAAAAUGGAAUCUCUGACUUUAAGCCUCUAGAAAGGCCGUACGUCUGCGUGUCAGGCGAGGCCACCAUCCGCCACGUGGAGCUGUUCAUCCGGAGAAAGAUGGAGCUGAGCCCAAUGUGUCAGGUGGAUCUGGUUUGUGGAGAUCACCUCCUAGAUCACCAACAGUCACUAAAAGACAUAAAGACGUUUGUGGGUAAAGAAGCACUACAGGAUGGUCUGCUGGUGCUUCACUUUGGCUUAGUCCUACCCUCCCAGUCUUGAGCAGGAAAACUCUUACUGGUUAGCUGCACUACUCUAAUCUGCUCCCUGCCAAAUGAGGUGCAAAACAUGGACUUCACAAAUCAAUCUGUUACAGCUGCACUGGGCGUGGUUUCAGGGCUCUAAUUAACUGGUUUUCUAAAUCCACUGGGGAUGUAUAAGCUCCCGCAGCAUCAUGCUGCCACCGCAGCAUGAUGACAGAUGGUAAUGUGUUCCUUGGUUUGAAAGCCUUACCUCGACUACUCAAAGCAACCCUUUUGUCAGUGUGGCAAAUGCCUCCAUCUUCUUCUCAUCUGACCAUAAAACUUUUCUCCUAAAGGAGUUCGGCUUGUUCAUGCGGGCAGCUGCAGAUUUAUAUCAGGCUUGAAUGUGUCCCUGAAGCAGAGGUUCCUUCUUUCUUGGUCGGCACAUUGUGGUCAACACAAUGAUCUCAAACGGACAUCUAAACUCUUUCUGGACUCAGUAAAACUGGCUCUUUUAAGGAGUGACAAUUGGUGCCUUUAAUGUCAGUUGCUAAGGGAAUGUAACCAAUAUUAGUUGGUGGGUAUGUAUAUUUUUGAGUCUGUAUGUAUAAUUUUGAGUACUAAUUUGUGCCCCGACUUCUUUUUUACAAAUCCUUGCCGUUGUGUAAAACCUGUGAAAGUUUAUUUCCAUGAGUGGAAGUAAACGUCUGCUUGAACCUGUAGUGUUCGGAAAUCCUUGCUGAAAAUCUAAAGAGCACAAAGGAAACCCAACUACUGACACAUUUUGCUCAGUAAAUGAAACAUUACUAGCACAUUUUUCUGUUGCAAGUUUUUCUUUUAGAGGCUUUCAGUUUAGAUGCUGCUGAUAAAACUAGAUUAAACUAUUUGCACACCUAAGAGAAGAAGAAAAGCAGCAUCUGUCUUGUGUUUGGUCUUUACAGACAACUCUGGUGUAAAGGGCUUCAAACUAAAUGACUACAACAACCAAAGGCUGUUUUUUUUACUACUUCUCUAUGAUCUAUGUAUUAUUUAUUGACAGACUUGUUGGGUAGAUACCUUUUUUACUUGUUUUUUGUUACUUGGAAAUAAACGCAGAAGUGAGAAAUA